UGGAAGUUGGGCGCCAUGGCAGGGCCUCGUCCAUCCAGCCUGGGCCGCGCUGGCCGGAGCAGACCGCAAGCGGCCCGCUGGGAGCCCAGCCAAGAGCGGUGUUUUUCCAGGUCCGCGCAGGGCCACGGGAACCCGCGUGUUUGUUUGGUGGGAAUGGAUUCCUGGAAAACUAGACGGAAGGCUCUCCCAGCUGCUGGCUCCGCUCUGUUGAUGGAUACCAUCCAGUGUCACCACAGGGGCUUCCAGUGCCUGGAAUUUUGGUGGGAGGAGAGCAACUUCAGGAAUGAAGGAGGAGGUAACAGCAGCAGAGAUUCAAGGCAGAACUUGGGGAGACGCCCAUCAAAGCAGGUGAGGAUGGGGAAAAAGGACCGAGGGUGGGCCCAUCGGUCCGUUCCAGAACUCCCACUGGACUGUCAAACGGGGUUGAGCGGACAGCUGAGCCCUGGAGCCUGGGGACGAGAUGUUCCAUCCUCUGAGCAGACUGAGGCCGGAUGUCGGCUUGGAGCCGACGCCGCACCAGCUCCAGCUCCCUUCCUUGGCUGCAGGGUCUUCUUUGGAGUGAGGGUCGGCCCUCUCGGCGCCUCAGGGAGCGCAGGGCCCUUCGGAGGCAAGUGGUGUGGGGGCCUCUCCCAUGUGGGGGGCUCUGUUAGACCUCCUUCCUUCCUCUUCUCGUUGGCGGCGAGGCUGGAGGGUGUGCUUUUUCCAGACCCUUCUCUCUCACGAGUCUGAACAGUCAGAGGAAGCGGCAGGGAGAGGAUGAACCAUCCGAGCCCUGAGAGCUGGUGGGAACCGAGCGAGACCGCGAGAGAAGUGGCCGUGAGAGCUGAACCCUGGGCUCCUGGGCUGAGGUUUGGGGAGAGGAGGGUUUGCAGGGUGGGUUCCCUCAGGCUGGGUCCACGCUGGAGAAAGGCAGACUGUGUGCUGCUGGGGGGCCUCAGCGUCCGUGGACGCCCAGCUUCAUCCUCACCGGCUGCCCUGUCCCCUCUGAGCCCCACUGCGCAGCUCCAUCCAUUCCCCCUCCGCGGUAUCUCGUUUGCUCUUCUUCAUGGCCUCUGGGCCUGGAACUUAGGAGAAACUCAAGUUGAUGUAUGGAAUUUCUCUUUUUCUUUUUUAGGGCCGCACCCAUGGCAUAUGGAUGUUCCCUGGCUAGAG